AUGUCAAAAAUAAACCAUCAACUUCAGUACACAGGUUUCUGGGAACCGCGUAGUGUAAAGCAUGUGACGUUUAUAUGAAAACUCCCCAUCUGGUUCUCGUAGUUCUGAGUUAAAUUUAGCUUCUGCGAUAUUAUUGUCCCGACUGUCAUGAGCCUCAACUGUUGUUGACGUCGUUAUUGUGAACUGGAAAGAAUGAGUGCCAAGCUUCAUGAAGGAAAGGACUAUUAUUAAGAGAGCAGGCAUACUGAGUUGAAAAGCCAGGUGGUGUUACUACAUAUGAAUGAACCAUGAGUUACUACGAGAAUGAUGCCGUGCAGACUCCUCUAUUUGGAGAAAGACAAACCAGGGACCGAGUCAUAAAUCUGUCACUAGGAGUCGUUACAGCUAUUCUAGUAACAGUCACGCUUGUCAGUGCUUUCAUUUUUCCUGACUGGCCUCCCUCCAUUGUCAACAUUGCCUUUGCGUUUGUAAUCGUCUUAGUUUGUGGAGGAAAUCUUCUAUUGAUAUACUGGUACAGAGAGGGGGACGUAGCACCCAAGUUCCGCGGUCUGAUCUACUACAAUGCUGCCACUGUCUUAUUCCUGUGUGUCUGUGCGAACUUGUAUAUUCACGAAGUUGAAAAAUCGCCAAAAACUCCCUCCACGACUUGCUAACUGACAAUAUUUGCGAAACUCGACAGAAGAUACAUGUAGGAUCCAAUGUGUUACACAUAUGAGCAUUGAUUGAGUUGAUAUCAGAACUCGCUUUGGUUCAAAGUCUAUUCUUUUCUGAUUUUUAGCAAUGCGUGUAGGUACCAUCAUUGCUUACAUCAAUAAGAUCAGGCAAGCCGAGUGAAGUUAGCCCCACACCAGUCUAUGGGCCUCAUGCAUGAGUCGGCCAUAUUGAAUUGAAAGUGAGGUCAUAUCUUCAUUAUUUGGAGCUUAUGAAGAGAAGUUAAAGCAAGUAAAUUACUAAUUAAUUCAAGUCUGCUUCAAGGAAUCAUUUAAAACUUGUAAUUAAACAUUCCCUAAUGUUUUAAGCCAGAUUUAACAAAAACAAUGUCAUUAUUGAAACAAGGCUGCAUAAAUAGUCUGGCGCCAUCCAAUUCAACAGUUAAAAAUUUAUGAAGUACAUUCAGGGAACUUGACAAAAAUGGCCAGCUCGUGCAUAAGGCCCAUAUAGCACGAGUGGCAGUCGGUCAAUGAAAUACAUACAAUGAGGACACUAGGCUAUGCAGAGUGUACAAAUUCUAUUCAACUGCUUCAGUGCAUCUGUCCAUUGGAAGUCUUUCAUGCAUCUGGUCUACACAAUGGGCUGGAUGUAGCCCAUUCGCUGGCAUUAUAAUGGAGUAAUCCUAUACAAUAACACUGCCCGGUUGCUUCAUGUAACAGUCAGUCAGUGAGGAAGGUAUGCUUGGGAACACUUGGCUGGACCUCUUCGACAAGCACAAAAACAAAUCAAUGAUUCUAAUAUGUUUUUCCAAGGUUUUUCUGAGUUACAUGUACUCUGCCUUAAAAACAAUUGAGUGCUAAUGAGAAGUGAUAGGUGUGGGGUGAAGAUAGGUGUGCUGUCCCCAUCAAUACUUCCACUGAACAAUAGAAAAUGGCCAUUGAUAUUUUGGGGGCCAAAAAUGCCGUACCCAUCCUUCUCCCUGAUUCACCCAUAACAUGUAGGACAAAGUGACCGUGGAAAGGUCAUGUGCGGCAAGGAUGUAAAUUCUCCUACAAUUGCCUGAUUCAGGGUUAUUUUCCCCGAAGUAUCUCUAAAAUAUUCAUUUAUACCAUACGUGUGUGUAUGAUUUUCUUUAUACAUGUAUCUCAAAUUUCAGGCAAAAAUGUCAUAGUCAUUUACCUGCUGCUCCCUGCUUGUGUAGCAGUGGUUUUUGUGUAGCGAUUGGUGGGUGGGGCAUUAUGGGUGCAACCCCCCCCCCCCAACUUUUCCCAAAAGUGAAGAAGAAAAACAAGACCAAAAGCAAUUAAGGGAUAUGAAGUUUACAUCAACAUAAAAGUAGAAACUACCUCAAAGUGGCUUAAAAAUAAACAGACAUAUCAAUGUAUGUUUGUGUCAUGAACAGUGCCCCCUUUGGAAAAUUACGGCAACCUCUCCCCCCCCCCCCCCCCUCAUGUCUCCAUGCUGUUAUUGACAAAGGCUUGACAGACUGUUCUAUGUGUAUGCACCAUUGCCAAUCAAAUUGGUACAGUGGCAAUUUACAUGUGACUUAAUUACUUUAAAACCCUCCUACUAUUUAAGAGGUCACAAACGGUCAACACUUUCUUCCUCACCUCCUGGCACACUGUGUACAAACCAAUGGGGGUCUUGACCAAUAUUGACCCAAGUAAUAACAAGACUGACAAUGCAUGUUUCCAUAGGAGGGUUUUAAUGAGAAUUUGGCAGAUGAGGCUCGGUGCCAAAAUGUUUUUUUUUAUUGUGGAGAAGAAUUUUAAAAGGAGAAUAUUUAUAGCAAGUUUUCCAUGUUUUUUUCACUCAAAACUGUUACUUCCACAUGGAAAUUAAACACGCCUGAAUUGUCAAUGUUGGGAAAUAUUUCAAGUGCUCUUUUCAAAGAUCCUUCUUUCAAUUUGUAUCAAAUAUGUUCACUUACAUACUCUUUAUUUCCAUAUCUUUGGUCUAAAUGAAAUCAUGUUUUAUGUUCAACUUUGUGUGUACUGUAUGAUGUAUUAAUACAUACACAGUGGUUCAUUCGUUUUUAUGCAAUGCCUUAAUUUGCGGUCUAUUAUAUUAAAUUUCUUUGUAAAUGUAUAUAUUUCAGAUAUAUUUUAAUUUGCAAACUUUAAAAUCACGUCUUAUAUUGUACUAAAUGUGCAUGUACAUGCCAACUGUUGUUGUUUAACAAAAACAAAUGCACACAACAUAUCCUUAUGAUUUUAAAAGUUUGAGCCUUGCAGUAUUUGAAAUUGAUUUAUGUAGCUUGAAAAUUCAACCACGAAGUGUUUGAAUACAAAGGGAAUUUUCUUUGACAGAAAUGUGCAAUUUCUUUUAUUGUUAUGAGACGAUAUAAUAGCCUAGAGUAGGAACUGCAUAUGUGCCAUUCGUUGAUAAUAGAAAGUGUUAAAGUUAGAGGAUCUAAUCUUCAACCACUGGAGAGGUUUCCUCUUAAGGCAAAGACUUUGAUGGGAUAGAAAUACCAGGUUCUCCCAAUUGUAUGGUUUAUUUGUUUCAAGACACCCCGGACGAUCAAUAUAUUUGCAAUAUGGCAGCAUUUAUUUUGUAUUUUAAAACAAAUGAUCCUUCAGGCAAGUUAAAAAAUAAUAAUUUCUCGAAAGGAGGAGGCUGUUACAACUGAUAAUGAUGAUAACCAACGGAUAACGUAUCACCAACCGAUAAUGUAACAACAAUUGACCGAUACUGUAUCACUAACAGAUAAUGUAACGCAAAUAAUACCGAUAGUGUAGUAAAUGUAAUAAAGUAUCGGUCAAUUUGUGUUACAGUAUCAGUAAACCGAUAAUGUGAAAAAAAUUGACUGUUAGUGAAGUAAGAUUUACUACACUUUCAGUCAAUUUUUGUUACAUUAUGGGUUAGUGAUACAGUAUCGGUCAUUUUUUGUUACAUUAUCGGUUGAUGAUAGUUAUCCUUUUGUUAUUAUAUUAUCAGUUGUAACAGAGGCUUUUCUUCACAAAGAUGGUGAAUUUCCCUAGAUGGCAGAUGGAUUCGUCCAUUUCUCAUUUUGCUGAUACAUGUACUUAGGUGUUCAAAGAGUUUUUACCCAUUCUUCCAGAUUUUGAAAACUGCAUACCUAAGCUACAAAUUUGCUGGAAACAAAUAAAAAGACAAAAACCAGAUACAUGUACUUUGAAUUACACAUGGAUGUUUGGACACAUGGAUGGAAAUGUCCACAAAGAUUUACGUAGCUGUAAGAAAAAAAGGUGAUCAUGUGUUACAAAUAUAAUAUACUUAGUAGAAAAUCUCAGUGUGAUGCCAAACUGUCCUGUCACUCCUAAGAGUCUUCGCUGUUCUAUGAAGUGAAAAAAAAAAAAAAAAAAUCUGGAAUUUCUUUUUAUUUUGAGUAUUAAUUUAGUGCAUUAUGAACUUCAGUACAGAGUCGACUCGUUCCUUAGGUGAUUUUCGAUACAUUUAUUUUUAUUAUUUUUUUUUUAAAUUUAUUUUUUAAUGUUUGCAUAAAAAGUUUAACAUACUGAUAUUAAGAUAUGUGACAGAGGGGUACCCCCCAACCUCCUAUACACACCUUACACCAUUGUUACCUAACACAUCCACGUAUAGAUCUCAAAAGAAUUCGUGAGAUUCUGGUAACACAAUGACCAACACAAAAGAGGGGGGGGGGGUCCCUCUGUCACAUAUCGUGAUAUCAGAAUACAAUGCAGUGUCGUAAAAGUUACUGUAGUGAAUGUGGAUCAGACCUACAUGAACGUUUCUUCCAGAACUAGGUUUGUGGUAGCACUGUAUAAAUCAGUUUGGUGCUAAAAGGUCCUUAUACAUGUACAUCACUCCGAGGAUUGCUGGCAAAUGCCCACAGCUUAGAUUUUAGGCCUUAAAAAAUUAGUUUUUUUAUGUCAUUGUCAAAGCAGCUUCUGUUCAUUGAAAAAUUGCAUCUAGUAAGUAAGAAGAGCGUUCUACUUUUGGCUGCUAAAGUUGACAAUUCAAAUAAUUUUCUCUUAAUAAAUAAAGAUCUUUUGGCUAAAUUUUCCAAUAAGGAUCUGGAUGUAAUGAGACCUUGUGUCGGUUCCGAUGGUUUGAUAUGAUGUGUAGAACACAUUUUGAAUGUUCAUUUUCAUUUCAACCUCCGCGCUCUUAAAGCCUUCUUGAAGAUAAAUCCUUAGUGAUCUUCGCUGGCGGCAAUCGUGCAUUUGCCCCAAGAAGGCGGAAUUAAUGGUCUGAACGUCGGUGGGGUCUUGAAUCUUCUCAAAACCACUCAAGUCUAAUUUCCACGGUGCUACCACAACCUCUUGUUGGAAACAGGUGCAUGUAUUACAAUAAUGGUAAUUAUGAUUAUACAAAGUCUAAAGACGAUGUAUAAAGUGAAAAAAAAUGUAUGUGAAAUGCACGUUAUGGUAAAUCGUGGAUUCAAAGUGAUGUAAGUGGGGAACAGUUCGUCUGGCCAGCUGUGACCCGAUCGCGACACGGUGGCUAUCGGACAUGGACCUCGACAUAUUUUGAUUCGGUGUUGCACAUACCAUAGUGUCCCUUUCCCAAUGCAUAUACAGAGUGGCAGUAUGGCGCGUAUUUACAUCAAACCAUGGCUUGUUCCCGAGACGUCAAACUCUCACCACUUCGCGCCGGUAUUAUUUUUGCCGAAAAUUUCUAUUUUUUGCAAAAGGCAAAAUAUUUGCCAGCCAACUUCUGAUAUGCAGCCAAACGCCAAAAAUACUGAUUCGCAAGAGUAAUUUCAACAAUAUUUGUACGAUAUUUCUUGCCGAAACCUAUACGUUUUAAUACUCCGGGAUGUGGACUGGAGCGUACAUGGAAAAACAAUAGGCCGUGCACGACGCCCAAUAAAAGUUCAACACACUACCCGUCCCCACAGACUUCACAGACUUGGUGUGUUUGUGAUGUGUACAAAAGACACGAGGGAUUAUUGUGUUCAGACGUCACCCGGAGGCGAUUCGAGGCAAUAUUGACGUCUUAACCCGUCAGCCGUGCCUGUGAUAACAAAAACCAAGCCAGUGCCUGUUAUCACGUCCUCCGAAGCGAACUGGUUAAUCGUGCCAAAAUUCUUCACAAAGUAUUGAGAAGAACGAUUAAGAACUCGAAUCCACCACUUACCGACGUGUCUAUUUCUUCAACAUAAGCACUGAAAUGUAUAUGUACGAUACAUGUAUACUCAAACUAAAGACGUAUCGUGUAAAAGAAAAAAAAAUAUCUGUAAAUUUGAAAUGUAAUGUGAAAUGUACUAUACGAAUAAAAUUAUGAAAACACUUUUA